AUGGAAGUGGAUCCUCAAAGUGAAGACAAUUUGCAACAUUACUUCAAGUUUUCCAAUGUCUUAAAAGAUUAUAUCGUAGAUUCAAUAAAUAGCAAAGACAAGCCGGACCCACUGGAUUUGAUAAGGGAAUUUCGUUCAUUUACAGGGAAUAAAGCUCUGCAGUGUCUAAGUAAAAAUGACUACGACUUGAAGUCUUCUAAUGAUUGGGAGUUAGAGGCCAAAUUCUGGCAUUUGUUGGAAUUAUUAUUGAGUUUUAGAACAUCUGAAGACACCUUAGAUCUAGAAAGCUCUGUUAUAAAUGGUUACAACUCAAGCGCAGCCUUUGAAAAGGAUUUAUUGCACAAGGAUAAGCAACUAUAUCAGAUAUGGAUAAUUAUGGUGUGGUUGCAAGAAAACAUUACACUAGAGGAGAAGCCAAAAAAUCUACCGACAUCUAAAUGGUCCAAUUCUGUACUUACAGGAGUACUAAAAAGUGCAGAUUUAGAUGCACCUUUAAGAAAUGUCCAUAAUCAAAUUGAUGUCAAGGAUAAAGAGGAAGAUCAUAUUUUUUAUAAGCACAUUUAUAAUCUAUUAUUGGCGGGUCAAUUCGAGGCGGCCUUUAGCGAAUGUAAAAGCUCCGACAAUAUUACGCUGUGUAUGAUAUUUUGUGGCAUGCAAGAAUAUUUAAAUCCAAAAAUUGACACUCAAUUUGCAGAAGAAUUUGAAGUACAACAAGGUGUUAAAAAGCAUGCUCUUUGGAGAAGAACAGUUUACAAUCUCUCACAAUCCCCAAAUCUCGAUCCUUAUGAACGUGCGAUCUACAACUAUUUAUCUGGUACAAUGCCUAGUGAUGAAAUUUUGAAAGAAACUGAUUGGGAUUCUGAACUAUUACUAAACUUGAAUCAAAUUCUACAGAUCAAUAUUGAAAAUUAUAUGUUACAAAAUAGCAAAAUCGAGCAAUCUGAACUUAUUUAUCCACUUCCUGAUACUGCAAUGAGCAUGGAAAAUGUAUUAAACUUAGUCUCAUCUAAGCACCAAAAAGAAAGUGAACAUCCUAUCAGAGUUUUAAUAGGCGCCGUUAUUUUAAACACAUUAUCGUCUGUACUCCAUUCUUCUGUGGAAAUGUUGCUAGAUAUUGUGAAAGGCAUUGAAACUAGUAAUGAUUUACUAGAUGAGCCAUACUUGCUAAGAAUUGUUACACAUUUGAGUAUUAUACUAGAUAUAAUCACUCCUGGGAUUGUCUCCAAUGAUGAUAAAGUCAAAUUAAUAACUGCAUACAUCAGUAUUUUAAAACUUCAAAAGUUAUAUGAUCUUAUUCCAGUUUACGUUUGUUUCUUAAAUGAGUCAGAUUCUUUGGAAGCUUAUUCAUUCAUAUUAUGUACCCUGGAAGAUCCACACAUAAGGCAAAAACAAUUAAAAUUAAUGAGUUUUUUGAAUUUACCAGUGUCAAACAUUUUAAAGAGGACUACGCAACGGGUUUUCGUCGAAACGGAAGCCAAUUAUACCCCAAGUGAAAAUAUAUCUAUUACACAGGACAUAAGCUUGACAGAUAGGCACUUAAUUUUUUCUGUAGAAUGGUUGAUUGAAGGAAAACUUUAUGAUGAUUCUGUUGAGGCUAUCGUAGCUUUUGCCAGGAGAUUACUAAUCAAUGGUAAAAUAAAGUCAUUAGAAUAUUUCAUGGAUCACAAUAAUAUUGAGGAAAUACUCCAAAAUUAUAAAAUUGAAAAUAUUUCAAUGGAUGACGACGAACACAAUGAUAAUGAUGAUACAAAAGUAAAAGAAAUUAAACAAUACCAGGCUUUGAUUUCUGGGUUCAAGCACUAUGAAGAAUGGCAAAAAUCCAUAAAACUUUUGAACUCAGAAUCAAAUAUUCCCUCACUAAUAGAAAAAUUUCAAGAGUACUCCAAGAAUACAGUAGAAUUGAUAAAAAGUUUCUUGGUAGAACUAACAGAUGAUAUUAAUAAUCUGGACCAUACUGUGCUCUUUGAAAUUAGAUCCUUGUAUACUCCAUAUUUGAUUAUCGAAUUACAUAAAGGCUUAGUGGAGGCUGCAAACCUACUGAAUAUUCCAACAUUUAUCAACGAAGCACUGUCAUUUACAAACCUAGUUGCAAAUGAAACUGACAAAAUUUAUCUUUUAUUCCAGUCCAGUGGCAAGUUGAAGGAAUAUUUACAACUCGUUGCAUACACGGCUACACUAGUUGAAUAA